UAAAAGCACAGAAAAUGGCAGGCAGCAAUGAGAUGACCAUCAACCUUGUCGUCCUUGGGAGAACUCAGAGUGGCAAAAGUGCUGCUGGGAACAGCCUGCUGGGCAGCUCAGACUUUGAGAAUUAUUGCUCUCCAAGAUCUGUGACUACAUGCUGCAGCCUUGGCCGCAGCCCCUGUAUUUUGGGAAUUAUACGAAGAAAUGGCAGUGAGCUAGCUCUUCGUGUUCGAGUACUUGACACUCCAGGCUAUCCUCACAGUAGUCUGAGCAAAGAGCAGGUGAGAGACACAGUGAGCUCAGCCCUGGCUCACCACUUCGGAGAGGAAGGCCUGCAUCUUGCUCUCUUGGUCCUGAGGGCUGACUUGCCUCUGUGUCCGGAUGAAAGUUAUCAUACAAUUCAGUUCAUCCAGGAACUUCUGGGCCCCACAUGGAAUGAUUUCACUGCAGUUCUACUUACUCAUGCAGACAAGGCAGAAGAGGCUGGAUUCAGCGAGGAAGCAUACUUGCACAGUGCCCCAAGUACCCUGUUGUCACUUUUGAGCUCAGUACAGCACAAAUACAUCUUCCUAGACACCCAGAAGAGCAUAAUUAAAGAGGAAAGAGCUAGUGUCUUAAGAAAGCUCUUGAAUUUCAUAAAACAAAAUAAUUAUCAAAUGCUUCCUCUUAAACAUAACAAAGCAUAAAAUUAGCUUUCAGGUGCUCAUUUGUCUAUUUGCUAUAGCAGGUAAUAUGUAAUAAAAGAGU